GGAACGCUGCUACGCACCUGGUGAUCUCUCUCCCCGUUCCCCUGUUGAGCGAGCAUCCAACCAACGCAAGGCUUCCGGACGGCCAAGAUGGCGAAGUGGUGGGGCCCCGAGCGAGCCCCUCGCGCUAGUCAGUCGUUCUCCGGGCCCCGUCGGUGCGCUACGUGACUGAGGAUUUCGUCGAGGAUUGUUCGCGUUCGCGUGAGAGGGAAGAAAAGAAAAGCAGAGAAGAACGCAUCGCGCUCGGCGGAUCGUUCCCCGAUCGUCGACAUCCUUCAUCGUUUCCGUCCUUCUCUCUCUCUCUUUCUCUCUCUCUCUCUCUCUCUCCCUCUCCCCCGGCUCACUUCCAAAUCAGCGUCACGUUUCAUUAUCCAGUGCGCGUUUUCCUCCCUCAUCGCGUACCCUCCGGCGAGGAGACCAUCCACGGGAUCGACGAAUAGCACGAGGUGACCGGUGAUCGAUUGGUCGGACGACCGAUCGAUCGAUCGAUCGAUCGCUCGCUCGCUCGCCCGCCGAGUCGCUCGAGCGGAGCGAUCUCUCGCGAGAGAAAGAGACGAAGAAGAAGCGGUCGGCGCGGUUAGAAUCACGCGCGCCUUGGGCCCAGACGGUGGACGAGGGCCGAAUCGACAAGUUCGAGAGUGGUGUUGAUCGGCGAGCAGCCACGAGCACAACGACGACAACGACGACGACGUCGGCGGCGUUCUUCUGAAGACAAGAAGUCUGCAUCGCGCCACGAGACAGAAGAUUAAGCAAAAAUGGCCGUGUUUGGCUUGGUCUCGUCGGUCGCCGGGUUCGUCAAGGUGCGAUACCUCAUCGACAAGGCGAUCAUCGACAACAUGGUGUUCAGGGCGCACUACAGAGUCACGUCGGCCAUUCUUUUCGCCUGUUGCAUCAUCGUCACCGCCAAUAACUUGAUAGGCGACCCCAUCAACUGCGUGGCCGACGGCGCGGUGUCGCCCCACGUGCUCAACACGUACUGCUGGAUCACGUACACGUUCACGCUGCCGCAGAACAACUUGAAACCCGUGGGCACCCACGUAGCCCAUCCAGGCCUCGGUGGCGAUUACGGCGAGAAGAGGUUCCACUCGUACUACCAGUGGGUGCCGUUCAUGCUGUUCUUCCAAGGCGUACUCUUCUAUGUGCCGCAUUGGAUGUGGAAGCAGUGGGAGGAGGGCAAGGUCAGGAUAAUAUCCGAGGGUAUGAGAGGCGCCAAUGUCGAGACCAAGCAGGAGAGGCAGGCCAAGAUCGACCGGCUGGUCCAGUACGUCAUCGAGACCCUGCAUCUGCACAACAGCUACGCCGCCGGCUACUUCUUCUGCGAGGCCCUCAACUUUGUCAACGUUGUCGGCAACAUAUUCUUCGUGGAUACUUUCUUGGGCGGCGCUUUCUUGACGUACGGCACGGACGUGGUGAAGUUCAGCAAUCUGAACCAAGAGCAGCGUAGCGACCCGAUGGUGGAGGUGUUCCCACGUGUGACCAAGUGUACCUUCCACAAAUUCGGCGCUUCUGGCACUAUCCAGAAGUUCGACGCGCUCUGCGUGCUCGCGCUCAACAUUCUGAACGAGAAGAUCUAUAUUUUCCUGUGGUUCUGGUUCAUCAUACUGGCGGUCAUGUCCGGUGCGGCUCUGCUCUACAGCAUGGCUGUAGUAUUGUUGCCGAGCACGCGCGAGGCGAUCCUCAAGAAGCGCUUCAAGUUCGGCACACCGGCUAUCGUGAGCGCGCUCAUCCGGAAGACUCAGGUCGGCGACUUUCUGCUGCUUCAUCUGCUGGGCCAAAACAUGAACAUCAUGGCGUUCAAUGAGGUGCUGGAGGAGCUGUGCCGCCGUCUGCAGUUCGGCAGCAGCAGCGGCGCGUCGCCGACGUCAGUGCCGUCGGCGCCCAGCACUCUGGAGAUGUCGCCGAUAUAUCCGGAGAUCGAAAAGUACGCCAAGGACACCGAAAUCUAAACACGAGGAGGCACCCGACUCGUCUUGACUCGAUUUCCCCUCUCCUCCCAGCCCCACCCUACUUGUUCGUAUUGUGAUAAUGCCGAGGGCGGUCCCGCGACGCCGUCUCGGUGCCAAUAAAGAGCUGCGUUCGUGCCGCGUACGGUGGGUACCUAGCCGCGCUCGUAAAACACACAACAAACAUACAGCAUCUCGGCCAACGACGGCUCGGUCUCUCCGCCAGCCACUUCACUGUCCAUUGGGACUCGCGUCCAGAAUGCUCGUAAAACGUGAGCUCAAACCCGGCGGCAUUAAGGAGUCUCGUCGAAUCUCGCGAGAGUUUCGCUCGGAUGCUCAUUACUGCCCGCUCGUAAAACGCACAAGCCGAUCUCUCAUGUUUGCAAAAAUCCGAUCGUGCAGAAGAUCACCGUUCGUGUUCGUGAGACGUCGUCAGGCGAGAGAGAGAGAGAGAGAGAGAAAGAAAGAGAUCACCACUUAUCUCUUCGUCUCUUUUCCUACUUAACCGCUCGACGGAAUUAUCACGCGAAUUAUUACCGAGCUUCUUCGCCGCGCGUGUCCUUGUGCGACAUUUCAUACGCUACGUCGCGCACAGAGGAGAUGCAUUCGAGUACGAGACGCGCACCGGCGCGUGAAUCACGUCGAACCCGUCGAACGUUGUCGCGUGACAUUUCGUUCGACGCUGUCAUUGUCGUUACACGGAUCAUAAAGUUCCGAGCUUGGACGCCGGCGUGUAAGAACAGCGCGGGCCGAGCUGCAACCUUCGUCGCCUUCUUGCGCGUUAUAAAGCCGUCGCGACGUUGUGAGAUUUUCAUUCCGCCGCGAAAGCCCAGCCGAAACGCGCCAGCGCGCGAGCCAAUGCUACUUCUUGCGGCAAUUCCCGUCCCGCCGAGAUUUUUAUCAUGCAUUUUUCUUUUUGCGUUUUUUCCGUUUCCCGGAGAUAUUUCCACUCGAGCAACGCCGACUGUAAAACUGGCGUCAGAAGUGGGCCGCGUUCGAUUUCGACACGUCGUCUGUCCGCCCGGCAAACUCGGCCGAAAACGACGCGCUGGUACCUCGCGCCGGCCGCGCGGCACGAACUGACAUCGGUAAUAAUAGAUUAUCGAGUAUAUAAUGUAGACGAUAACGCGCGAUGCUCUCGGGUCGAUAGCAGGGCGUGUGCGAUCCGAUCGAUCCAGGUCGCGACAGAUCCCGACACGGUGUGAUCGCAUUCGUUUUUUUUUUGUUGCGAGAACACGACGCACUUGAAUCACUUGGACGAGCACGAGCCGGCUGCUGAUUUUCACCGGCAUUCACGUUAAUCUCCGGAGGUGAGCAGCAACGCGAAUGACGACGCUCAAGCUUGGCGAUCGCUCGACGAGAGAUCGACCAUCGCGCUAUUAUAAUUUAUAGACGGUGUCCCUCGACUUCCGUUCACACCACGAAUGCACACAUUCCUUUCUACAGCGCGGAAACAUAUUCCCUCUCACGUAACUGUACUUUGUAACCGACUUCGAGCAGAAGAAGGGAGCAGCGAGAAUUGACCGAAAGCGUGUCAACGACAACGCUCUCGCGAUAUCGCGAUAUAUGUAUGUGGCGCGAUACACGAACGGAUGCUCCCGCGAAUCGCUCAUGUCGAGCAAGACGAUCGUUUGCACGAAGUGCGAAGUGUCCGUAGCGGCGGGAUACGCCGCGAGACGAGCCCACAUUGGUCCCCUCGACGAGAGAAAAUCGCAUCGACGUAUCGCGAUCUCGCAGUGCAGAUUUCAACGCGCCAAGCAGAACAAAGCGAGCAAGUCCGCAUGACUCGACGAUGAACGAAUGAAUUCCCGUUCUUGUAAUAAUCGUAAUUGAAUAACGUAACUGUGUUACACGGGAUAUCGAGCUUGACGAUGUGUAAUGUUCGCGCGCGAGCGUCGUGUCCUUGAGGAUCCUGUUCGCCCGAGCAUCGUCCUCGCGCUGAGAGCGACACUUUUGCGCAGGAAGAAAGAGAGCAGAUCGUUCCAAUCUCGUUAUGAUGACUGCCGGACGAACACGCGCGAAUUUAUCGCGAGUGUGGUAAUCUUAGUAGCCGAGGCAGUCGUUAUCGUAACGUUCGUCCAUUCCAUCAUUCUCUUCCUUUUCUCUUUUUAUUUCUUCUUUUCUCUCUUUUUUUUUUUUUUUUUUUUUUUUUGAGAUACUUUCACGCAAGUGGUGCAACAAUCGUAGCAGAGAGCGAGCGGCGUACUAGAAAUUAGACUGAUAUAAAGUAACGGCCGCAUUUUCGGUCAUAACGCGCACUCCAGACAUUUUGCGUUCAAACUCCUCGUUCCGAGUCUCUCACACGAGUCGUCACGGAGAGGCCGUUUUUUUUUAUUCUUCGCUGUAGUCUUCCGAACGACGAAUGUUCACGAUAUUUAAGGAGAUGCUCACGUACACGCACCGCAUACACAUUCCCAUAAGGACAUAAUCGAGUAUAAGUAGUCGCGGUUAAACUAAGUCGUGAGAUCCCUUCUGGAUUCUCGCUCGCGAGAGACGACGAGAAAUCGCCCGGCCGAGCCUGGCGUAAACUUUACUCGACGCGAUUAAUUGUCACGUCAUGGCAAUCCUCCUUCCUGCUGAGAGAAACAAUAGAAACUUUGGCUCCAACGCCCAGACACGUUCCCCGCGAUCUUUCGUAUGCAAGGACGAUGUAAACGCUGCCGAUAGCACCUAUGUAACUACAAUAA